AUGUCCGUGCGAUUCUCAUCCAUCUCCCAUUUGAGGAUGGAGAAAUCGCUCUCGACAGCGACGGUGUUGGCGAAGACGGUGGCCAGGCCGCCACUGAAGGCGCACAGGUGGUUGAACUUCCCAGGACAGAUACCCCAGGCGUCGUCGAACGUCGUGUUCUCGUUGUGCGAGUCGAUGGCUGCGCGCAGAAUCUCGUCGUCGUGGUAA